AUGUCGUACAAUUAUGGAAAUCACAUGCCAAACGAGUCUUCUUAUCCUUUCAACCCGUCGCGUCUCGCUGCUGGUGCUUAUGGCAGAAAUCCCCGAUCUCAGAUCGCACGGCCGGUCAACCCCACUCCUAGGAGCAGGACAUCGUCAUUCUCAGAUGCCGAGACCACUGGCUCAAUACCAGCGCCGUCGGGUAUCAAGCGCUCUACGAGUCGGGGAAGGCGGCUGUCUAUGCUUCCGCGCCCCGGUAUUGGGAGUACGACAUCACCAGCUACACCUAUUCCGACUGUGACUCAAAAGACCACCCAGCCCACUCCAUCGGUCUCGAGCCCAGAGAUCGACACCCCUUCAGUCUUCGUUGUCGGAGGACAAUUGCCCCCACCGAAACGAGCACGGAAUGUUCUUCGAAGGAGAGCACCGACAAUAGGAAAACAUGUGAAGGAAUCAGACUCUAACAAGCUUAGUCUUGUCAUCCCGCAAGAGACUCAAUCUCCCGGUAUGGGCAAUGACUCAGGGUAUGGGAGUUCCAAAUCUCUUUUCUCUGGAAACUCAGCUUCCUCAUACCAAGCAAACCAGAAAAAUGAGAGCAGUGUGACGGUAUCCUCAACCAGCUCUAAAUUCCAAGCUCCAGAGGAACUGGCAAGUCUUCGAACGACAAUUGACACACAAAACUUGCCGCCUUUUCCUACACCUUUCCAUUCGGCAAGUAGCCCAUCGACAAGAUACUCUGAGUCUCCCAGUAUCUGGAGUCGAGGGUCCACACCGACAUCGCUAUCAUCAUAUUCUCCAGGUAUUGUGCACUCUACAAAGAUCGGUCGUCUGAGACAACCGAGCCCAUCUCAAACAAGAUUGCCUUUCUUUGCCCCUGCCACGCACGCAAGCCCGCGGCAAGAGAUAUCGGACUUGAAGACUCAACGCCGGACGCCUGUGGCAAAUUCAUCUUCGGGAUCAAGCUCAGCAGGAACAAUCCGAGACCAGAGAAUACCAACAAUCAAAUCUGGUUCCAACAUCCCCAGAGGUCCGCCUCACAGCCCUCCGCCAAGAAAGUCGUCGGUCAAUUUCAGCCCUACAAGGUCUCCACACAUCGACGUUGAGAAGGCUCGGAGAGAAGUGGAGGAAGCUGAGAGACGCUUGUUUGACCCGCAAGGGAUCAUUGAAUAUUCCUCCGCACGUAGUGUGCAAACUCCUCCGACGCCACCAAGACCAAGCAGAGACGGGACGCACCGAUUAGACCUUGACACAUCGCCAAUUAUUCAAAGCAACCUACGAUCCCUCAAAACAACGGGCCACACGCGACGUGAAUCGAUAGAAAAGGUUUUAGCGACUCAACAGUCACGCCAAACUCCCAGCAGGUCCACCGGUGCAUCUGUUGACUCGCUCCAAUCAAGAAGCAUGCCACGAGUUUCUUCCCGGGAAGGCGAAUCCCCAGUCCUAUCCAGGAAAUCACCUCGAACGUUGGUGAAGGAAGCCCCCUCACAGGAGACUGACACAAAGCAAAUACCUCCACCGAAGCGAUUCGGCAUCUUCCCAAAGAAGUCGAAAGCAGCAGAUGUAUCAGAGAAUACAACGGAGCCAGCCCGAGCACCUCGCAAAGGUCCAGCCGCGGGGACAGGUCACGAAGGCUAUGGAAAAUACGGACAACGGGGCCGCAAAGCAAGCGCUAGCAGUAGCAGCGGCACAAGAACGAGAUCAACGAGCACAACACGAAGUACUGCUAGCAAAGGGAGUCAAUCGAGUCGACCGGAAUUCGGAAUUGAUGAUUUCCUCAUGAGCCGUUUGGAGCCGGUCGUCAUCAACGGCGGCGGAUUGGACCGGUUGACUUUGUCACGGACACAGAGCGAGCAGAGUAUCAGCAGCAUGAGUGUUGCAUCGAGUUCAAACUUGGCUCGCCCUCCACUCUCAUACUCGACAGGUCAAUCUACUGACUCUCUCACAACUUCUGUUGGCACGUUUGGUGAGACCAUUACGCCAAGCCAUUCCAUUGAACCAGCGCGAAGCAGGAGCCCUGAGCACGAAUCUAACAUUGGACAUUCUUCAACCACAUCAAAGCCACGCAUGCCGGUUCCGAGAGGGAAGAGACAUGGUUUAUUCACAAACCCACAGGCCGCGGUGACAAGCACGUCUCUGCCUAAUCAUGCAUCAGGCAUUAUCGUGCCGUCCAAAGCAAAACCUGACAAAAAGCCCCAGGGGAAGUCUACCAAGGUCGAGCGAGCCGAGAAGCAACAUGACAAGAAAGAAAAGCCGUCUAUGUGGAAUUUCCUCCAGAAGAAUCGAGCGAAUGCGCAGAAAGUUCCAGCACCCCCUGCGACUGGGUCUGAAAACACCAAACUCCAUGCAGCAAUCACACCGGUGCUGAAUAGUCAGCCUGUUGCUCAUUACGCCAUGGUGGAUGCAGACUCAGACGAGCUCAAUGAAAUUAUCGACAAGGUCGAAGACUCUCCCCCAACAGAAGAGGAGAGAUCUUUCAAUCCAGUGAAAGUUCCAAGAGCCUUGGAAAUCAGAAAGAGGCAUCCUUCCGUUUUGUUGCCAUCUCCUCCAAAGAUGCAUGGAGAGUUCGAAAGAGAUGACAGUCCAUCCCCAAGGACCGCCAUGUUGAACCGCAACCUCAUGCCUCCGGAACUUCAGACAUCACCCGAACGACGGCCCAGGCGACUGGCCUCAAUCGGCCGAAUUCCACAAGUAGUUUCGUGGCGUGAUCGACCCCAUCAACCCGCUAUUGAUUCUUUCUCGCGUCCGUUCAGUGUUGCAGGAUCUCCUUCUCUCACGAUCUCUACGACAAAAAGCCUACACGAAUCUAUACCCAUCGCCAAUGCGCCAUUGGAUCCGGGAAUUGAGCCAAGCAAGCUGCCCGAGUGGGGUCGGGGAUACAACCCAAGCUUUGGUGAUUCACAUCAUGCUAGUGCUUUGGAAUUUCUUUCCGGCCCCUUCUCUAAUUACGAGUUUCUUCAAUUUCCGCCGAAGAAAGGCUCAACCUCGUCAGAUAGCUCUGGGGCUCUGGCUGCAGUUACAGCAUUGAAUCCGGUUCCAGGUUCUCCGCCGACUGAGGACGAAGUCUGGAAUGAGUACGACGACCUGAUUGACCACGUUCUCUCGCCCGAUGAACCCAAGCCCGAGGAGUCGGACAAGGCCGACGCAGCGGAUCGGUUUGAACUUGCGACAAGGGCAAGUAGGACUCUGCAGGACGAACUGAAUAAUGCCAAUGAUCUCCAGUCAGCGCCCGGUGCCACGUCAGUCCGUUCGAGUGGCAGCUCUGUUCACCUCCGCCGUUCACGCAUAGUAUCUGCUUUGCAGUCAUCUACUGCUCCUUCAUCCCAGCCGUCCUAUACCGACCUUGCGGCUAGGUAUGGGGGCUUGAUCGAGGAGAAAAGCGACCAUCUCCCCACCGAGCAGUCUUCUGAAACAGAUCAGCGUCGUGAAAAGCAGUCUAACUUUCUCAGCUCCCUCGCCGCUGUUCCUUCACCCAGGCCAAAGCUUCGCCGCGAACAAGAAUCUUCGUCCUCGGAGCGCGAAUGGGACGCUGUGACACGCACAAACAUGCGUUCUGCUUCGCUCAUGACCAGUCGCUGGCUAUCAUUUGGCCGGGUCCUGUUCAGCCCUGCACAUAAUCACGUCAAGCCCGGAGGACAAGGACGAAUUCUUGUGAUCGAUGGACUGGGCAAUGACGACUGGUCUUUUUACUGCUCCCUGACCUAUCCUGACGCCGAGGUCUAUAGCCUAGGUGGGCGCCCGGUAUCCGCGGCUCCUCCCCACCCUGCCGCGUGGCAGCCUCCUACCAACCAUCACACCGUAUACCACAUGGGCCUAGGAAAUCCUCUCCCGUUCCCAAAAGACUACUUCACAGUGGCCGUCUUACGCUUUCCCACCGUAUGCUCGGAGACCGUCCAGUGUAACGUCAUCCAAGAAUGCAAACGCGUCCUCCGCACUGGAGGAUAUCUGGAGAUGAGUCUGCUGGACCGCGAUAUGCUCAACAUGGGACCCCGCACACGCAAAGCGGUCCGCCAACUCAAAGAAGUGACCUGUCUAUCCGACCCAACCCUCAGCCUCAAGCCCACCAGUGACAGUGUACAACGCGAGCUCGGCGCCAAUGGCUUCGACAGUCUCCGCCGCUGCAUGGUGCGCAUUCCGGUUGCAGGCAUGGUUCUCCGCUCAUCCGACACCAGUUCAUCGAAUCAGUCGACAUCAGCAACCACUCCUUCCACCGGAUUCUCACUACCAACGAUAUCCGUCACCACCGCGGAGGCCAGCCAGAGCACGAGCACAACUUCGAAGUCGCCUUCAAACGAAGCGAACAUUUCUCUUGGCGACCUUCUUUCGGACCCGUCCCCUUCUCCGGCAAAUGAUGAGUCAAUUGCUAAGAUUGUCGCUCGUGUCGGACGAUGGUGGUAUUCGAAAUGCUAUGAAGAUCCCGUCUUCUCUGCUGGAGACAUUGAGCGGAGUAUUUGGAAUGACCGCAAGGUUCUACGCGAGUGCCAGAAGCGUGGAACUGGAUUCCGCAUGUUCGUUGCAUACGCUCAGAAGCCCAGUGAAGUCCCGCGACGCACGGCCAGUGUGUGA